GGUUGUGCCACCCAGUCAGUGCGUUUGACCCUCCUCACACCUGGAUCACACCUGGACUGUCCUGGCCGAGUGCUCUCAGACUCUGCAGCAGCAUGGGGAACCUGAUCAGGGUGCUGACCCGAGACUUGGACAGCAGUGGAUGUAACUUCUUCCUGGACUUUGAGCAUGCACAGCCUUCUGAGGCAGAGAGGGCCACAUUUGAGAAGGUGAAGCAGGUGCUGGAGGAGGGCCAAGAGAUUCUAGAGGAGCUGCAGAUGUAUAAAGGAGCUGGAGAGGAGAUCCGACAGGCCAUCCAGAGGCCCACUGUGGAGAGGCUGCAGCAGAGGGCCUGGGCUGCAGUCCUGCCACUGGUCACUAAACUCCACACCUUCUAUGACUUCUCCCAGAAACUCGAGUCCGCCCUGUGCCUCCUACUGGACGUCUUUGCAUGUGCAGAGGCUCCGCCCACUCAGCAGUUGGAACAGAAGCAGGCUCUGGCCCAACAGUUCGCCCACAUCCUGCACUUCACGCUGCGUUUUGACGAGCUCAAGAUGACCACCCCAGCCAUUCAGAAUGACUUCAGUUAUUAUCGACGGACUAUCAGCCGAAUGAAGAUCAACAAACUAACUGGAGAAUCCCAGAACGAAGUGGACAAUGAGCUGGCCAAUCGGAUGUCUCUGUUUUAUGCCUGUUCCACGCCCAUGCUGAAAACUCUGAGCGAUGCCACCGACAGGUUUGUCUCAGAGAACCCUGAUGUUCCUCUGGAAAACACCACAGACUGCCUCAGAACUAUGGCCAGUGUCUGCAAAGUCAUGCUGGAGACUCCAGAGUACCGCAGUCGGUUCAGCUCAGAGGAGACAGUGCUAUUCUGUCUUCGUGUGAUGGUGGGAGUUAUCAUCCUGUUCGACCAUGUGCACCCACACGGAGCCUUCAUCAAAACCUCCAAUAUCGAUAUAAAAGGCUGCAUCAGACUUCUGAAGGAACAGUCUCCAAACAGUGUGGAGGGGCUACUCAAUGCACUCAGGUACACUACCAAACACUUAAAUGAUGAAACUACGCCCAAGCAGAUCAAAAACAUGCUGCAGCCAAACUAAAAACAUGCUACAAAGAUGCUUUUUUAAAUUUUAUUUUAUUUUUUUUGUGUAUUUUUGUUGAUCAAUGUCUGCUGGGAAGUGGGCAACUGGCUGAGGGGCUGGUUCCUUCACCAAAGGCUGUGAGAUACACUGCUGGCAUAGUCCUCAAUAUCCUCAGAAAGCUAUCAGCAAAACAGAGCAAGUUUGUUCUUCAUUGCCAAGCAGUCAAAUGAUCAGAACUUUGUAGACAACAACUGACUACCUUUGUUUUAGCAUUUCAUGAAUUAGAACUUCAAUAAAAUAAUGACCAUGUAUAAAACCAGACUUUAUCUUCCAGCGUGGGCGCUCCCCAUACUGGAAUCUGGUGUAGGGCUCCAUCUACUGGCAGCAGAGGCAAUUACCAUGGGG